CACCAGCUCACUUCCUGGGCCGUGUUUAUCGCCACAAAGAGAUUAACAGAAGUUCUCCUUGUGAAGAUUUUCCAUCUUUCUGCUGCAUUUGUUUGUCUCAGCGUAAACUGUAACAUGAUGAGCAGCCCACCGAGUCCAUCUCCAACCCGAUGGUUUAAAGCCCUACGCAGGACCAGGCUGGGAGAACCCUGUUUAAGAACAUACCCUCUGGAGUGUGUGGAUCUGCUGAGGAGGGCAAGAAUCGCCUUUCAGGCUGGACGCACCCUGAAGGAAGAUUUCAGACUGGCCCAGCUGGAGGCUGUGGUACGAAUGAUAGAGGAGCAUGAGUGUGACUUUGUGGAUGCUCUUGGAAGGGACCUUCAUAAGCCAAGGUUUGAGACGGUCGUUUUUGAGCUGAUCAUGGUUAAGAAUGAGGCUCUUCAUGCCAUCAACAAUCUGAAAAAGUGGAUGGAACCUCAGUCUGUGGAAAAGAAUCUGUCCACAUGCUUGGAUGAGUGUCUGGUGGUCAAUGAGCCACUGGGAGUUGUGUUCAUCAUGGGGACCUGGUGUUGUCCUGUCCAGAUGUGUUUGGUUCCUCUGGUUGGAGCAAUUGCAGCCGGAAACUGUGCUCUCCUCAGUCCCUCUGAGCACACCGUGCACACAGCAGAGCUGCUGCAUCGUCUAAUUCCUUUCUACUUAGAUAAUGAAUGCUUCCAUGUGAUUCUUGCAGGCAUCAGUGACUUGCCUGAGAUCGUGGAGCUUAAAUUUGACCAUGUCUGCUACUCAGGAAACAGGGAGGAUGGAAACAAGAUAGCUGUGGCUGCAGCUCGUACGCUCACACCAGUCACCCUGAUUCUUGGAGGAAAGAACCCAUGCUUCGUGGACCAGCACUGUGACCUGGCCACCACGGUGCAGCGUAUUGCAUGGGCACGUUUCCAUAAUGCUGGACAGAGCAUAAUGUCCCCCAGCUACAUUCUCUGCCACACAGACGUCAAAGCACGGCUGGUGCAAGCCUUGAAAUGCUGCCUAAUGCAGUUCUACGGCUCUGACCCGCGAGAGUCCCGCAGCUUUGGUCGUAUGGUUAAUCUGGAGGUUUUCCACCGUACAAGAGAGCAGCUGUGGAGAUCUGGCAAGGUGGUUAUUGGUGGACAGGUGACAGAGGCAGAGAAGUAUAUUGCUCCAACAGUUUUGGCAGAAGUGGCGGAAUCGGAUCCCAUCAUGCAACAGGAGGUUUUCGGCCCAGUUCUUCCAAUACUGUCUGUAAAUGAUGUGGAUGAGGCGAUUGCUUUUAUCAAUAAGCAAGAGAAACCUCUCUGUGUGUAUGCAUAUUCCACAAACAAUAAGGUCAUUUCCAGACUCAUGAGUGAGACCUCUAGUGGCAGCUUUUGUUCUAAUGACUGCAUCUUUCAGAGCCUGAUGGUGGCGUUGCCAUUCAGUGGAGUGGGUGCCUGUGGGAUGGGGUCCUUUCAUGGCCGCUACAGCUUUGAUUCCUUCUCACACAGAAAAGCAUGCUUGCUCAGAGGAACGCGCUUUGAGUGCAUCACCUAUCUGCGCUACCCGCCCUAUGAAGACCGCAAUCUGUCUCUGAUGACAUGGGCCUGUACGCUGUCCCAGAAGAGCCAGGGCUGGUGCCAGAUCAUGUGACUAUCACAAAUACUGCUAGCAGAAGCCCCUCAGAAUGGAACUUAUCCAUAGCUAGUCUCAUGGGAGGGAGAUUCUAAUUAAUGUGGGGUCUAAAGGUUAAUCUAAAUUAUUUUAGGUUUAUGAUUCAUUGCUGUGUUUAAUGUGUAAAAUAAUGUCACUGUACAUGCACUGUUUAAGUGAUUUAUUUAGUCUGUACUAAAAACACUCUUGAAUGUAAAAAUGUCAACACAACAGAAGUAUCUGAAGCCAUCAAUGUAGAAAUACAGCUUUUGAUUAAUAGAUGUGUUCAUUCAGGUCUCCUGUAGAUCUUUUCCUCUUUGGCUUCCUUCAUGGCUGCAUAUCUGGCAACUGUAAAGAGGUAAUCACUCAACCUAAGUACAAGAAAAAAGAAAAGCUGUUAGCUUUAUCAGAUGCUUACUUUGAAUCCAAGUAUUUUUAGCAUAUAAUCCUGACCUGUUGAGGAACUUGGCAACAUCUGGAUCCGCCUCCCCUGAACGCACAAUUGGAGCAACACUGUGUAGAAAAAAAACAGAAGUCUAGAAAACGGCAACGGUAAAACAAGAAAUGUAUCCAGAGUAGAAGCGUCAAAGGUCCUAUACACAGGUUAAAAAAAACAAAAAAACAACACCGAUGUUCAGAAGUAGAUCCAGCAAUCAACCCUGAAAAAAGACAUCUAUAUAGGUCAUAAAUCUGUCAAAUUCUGAUCGGCAACACUGAGAAACAACAUUAUCCAAACAGUCUCUAGAAAUAAAAAGCCAAACAAUCUUGGGGUUGGCAUAGAAUUCAAAGAGAACCAAUUUCCAUUACAAAGCCUAUGGGUUUAAUGUUUAACAUGUGAAUCAACUUUAUAACAAGAUGUCUGUUGGAUUCACAUUUCAAAGAUUAAACCCAAAAGGUUCACGAGUAAGAGUUGUUGAAACUAUGUUUACAUUUGAGCUUUCCCCAAUUUUCUAAGUUUUAUUUAGGUUACAUAUUAGGCGACCAAAUUUUUAUUCAACAUUUGCUAUAAAGGUAGAUUCGAUUGAAUACAAUGAACAAAUAAGAAAAAAUAGAGGGUAGUCUAUAAUUUUUCCAUAACUUUACACAGUAUCUGUAACAUGAUGCCUACACCACCAUGCUCCACGGCAUACUGGCAUCUAAUUUUAGUGUCUAUUCUUUUAUUUAUUUGUGUAGUAAUUUUCUUCCGAUAGUUUGUGAUCAUCUUGGCUGAGCUAUUAUUUUCUCCACCUCUUUAAGCAUUUGCCCUUUCUAAUAACCUGUUUAAAAUCCGCUGCAUCUGUCUUUAUAUAUUAGCUGACUGUUUUGUUUGUUUACAGAAUGAUCAAUUAACUUCCACCCUGCUAACGUCUUCAUUGGCCCCUUUUUAAUCCAUAACUUCAUUAGACUCAAUUAGCGACAUUCAUGUCAUGGGCUAAUUGGUUUAUAUUACUCUACUACACAUUAUUACAUUAUUUGUCAUUUAGAGAAAUAUUUCUACCAAAAACAGAUAAAGAUCUGUGAUUUCAUUUAUCAAAGAUUGUAAUUUAUAAUACAACUGUGUGUAUGUAAAAUAGAUUUCAGGUUUAUCUAGCCAUGUUUAGCUCUCCUCACACCUGCAUUAAGCUACAAAUGGUUCGUGCAAAGCACUACAUGAGAGUCGCUCUGUAUUUAAAUGAGCCAGCUGAUGACAAUUGCUAACAAUUGCAAACACAGAGAGGAGAGAUAAAAUAAAGAUAAAAAGGUUCACUAGCCGCAAUAGUGGCAUGACAAAAAAGAUUAAGAAUAGCAACAGAGUCAUGGAUGGACUGUUAUCAAUAAGGACACCCAAGGUGGCAGGCAGUACUGUGCAUUAUUGAUACAUUUAAAGAUGUUUUUUUCCUCCUAAUAAAAACACAGUGAUUAAAAGAUGCAAUGAAUAGAAUUAAAAAAGCCAACAAUCUGGAUAAGCUUUCCAAGUAGCUAUCUUUGAGAUAAAAAGGUCAGUUUCAUUGUCUUAUUAUAUGUAGAUGUUUAAGGGUGUUCCAUAGCCAGGGUGAAAACCAAACUGCUCCGCUUGAAGCCAAGGUUCGACAAUCAGCUAAACUCUUUUUUUUCCAGCACCCUGGUUAUAUUUAAUUCUAUUCCUUCAGUACAGUGCACCCAGCUACCCAUCUGUUGUUUAGUGCAUCAGAGCAGCGUGCACUGACUACCUAAUAUAGAGGGAUGGUGGACCAGACUCUCCAAUACUCAGAACAUAGAUCCAACAGCAAUGAUCUAAGGAGUCUGAUUGGCUGAUGUACCAGUAAUCAUCAUCGGUCUAGAAAUUUUGGUGAUCCCUCAAAAUUCUUCUAUUUUCAAAAUCCUCCAGCAGCAUUAAACUGCACUAAUAAACAGUAUUCAUCUAUGGUACAACUCACCCUGUUUAUCAUCAUCUGGGAAAGAGAUGUAAUGGUGAGCAAUCCUUAGAAUAUUGUUCGCACUUAAGGGAUUUGAGCUGCUCACAGGCUGAAGGAGGAGUUACACUGGAAUGCUUAUGAGGACCUGAUCUAUGAUGUUUUAAAUAGAGUGAAAGUUCAGAAUUCAGUUUAUCACCACAGAGUCUUCCCCUUUCCUCUAAAAUGUGCGUACACGAGUCAGAGUUGGCGUGAGGGAACGCAUUUUAAUGCCGAUUUAGUUUUUUGAUCACAACCUUUGUACAUGAAGUUGUGUAUGCAAUCGUGAUAAAUCCAAUCCCUAUUUAGUGACAUUGGACAGCUUUUAUUUGACUCCAAAUGUGUGUGCAGAAACUGACCUGCGCUCUGCUCUCCGACAGACUGUCCGUGCUAGGUGCAAAGCUGCGCUGCUUUUUCCACCAGACUGUAAAAAAACACAUACUCAAUAUCAAUGAUCUAAUCUUUAACAGAUCUAAAGGAGCAGAAAUAUGCUUACAGGUAAAAUGAAGUUAUUUAGUGGUGGGAGUUCCUCCGUAAAAUUAUCAAUCCACGUUUCCAGGUCAGUGAUUGCCUGAGGAGUGAAUUUUGUUCUUUCUAGUUUAGGAAAAAAGAAAUUUAGAUCAGUAGUGAAAAAACAAUGAGAUCAGACCAGCAUGUAUUUGCAUACGUCUAUGGCUUUCCCUUGCAGAUGAUCGAGGAGUAGCAAUAUUGGAGCCAACAUCUUGAAGAACGCACUGGAUCUGCAAUAAACAAAAAAAA